UGUUUUGUUUGUUGACAGUUUGAGUUUUCACAGCGCGAAACAUAACCUAUACGAGCACUUGGUAGAAGUGAAUCAUAAUUGAUUAGUAGUAAUUUUAGAUAUGUACGGUAAUCAUCAGUAAUAUCGUAAAUAUCACGAGCUCAGAUUCUGUUAGAUAUUAUUUGUCAUGUUUUCUGCUUGAUGGCAUCUAGACCAGCAGUCAGCAGCGACAUGGCACGGUUUAAAGAAGUGCUGUCAAUGGCCCAAAGAAUUGUGGUAAUCUCCGGAGCUGGUAUCUCAGCUGAGUCGGGUGUCCCAACAUUCCGCGGUGCAGGGGGAUUGUGGCGCAAAUACCAGGCACAACGCCUUGCUACUCCUGAGGCAUUCAACCGAUCUCCCUCACUUGUCUGGGAAUUCUACCACUAUAGGCGGGAACUUGUACUCACCAAGAAACCCAAUCAGGCGCAUUUGUCGAUAGCAGAGUUUGAGAAGCAAUUGGACCACGAGGGCCAGGGUCGCAGACUGACACUUCUGACGCAGAAUGUGGAUGGACUGCAUCUGGCUGCAGGAUCGUGCAACGUCGCAGAGAUCCACGGCUCACUGUUCAAGACCCAGUGUCUCUCGUGUGGUGAAGUCGCAGUCAACAGAGACAGUCCCAUCUGUGAGGCACUGCGCGGCCGAGGUGCUCCAGAUCUCGACAAAGAUCUGCCAGAGAUUCCGCUAAAGGAGUUGCCUCGUUGCAAGAAGUCCGGGUGCAAUGGUCUUCUAAGACCUUACAUUGUGUGGUUCGGUGAGAACCUUCACGAGGACGCCUUGGACAAAGCAACUGAAGCCAUAGAAGAGUGUGACCUCUGCUUGGUUGUUGGUACAUCAUCAGUGGUGUAUCCUGCAGCAAUGUGGGCUCCAGGUCUAGCCUCACGAGGGGUGCCUGUUGCUGAGUUCAAUGUGGAACACACCGAGGCUACCCACCACUUUCAGUUUCACUUCCAAGGACCUUGCUCACAGACCAUACCAGCUGCAUUAAGUACAUAAUUGAAGACAGUGAUAUUAAAUAGGUUGGACAUAAUCCAAAGCUUUUAGUGAGAAAGGUAAUCAACAUAGUCAAUGUAAUUCUUACUCCAUUCACCUUCCAUUUUAAGCUUCAAAACAGUGAAAGUUAUUCCAUUGCAACCAGUACAAACAUCAUAUACUGAUGUUAGUCUCUAUAUACGAGAUAUAGAGAUGUACUAUUGAGAUAUCGCCAGCUGGCUAUGGAUGAUGGGUUCGAAUCAUCAUCAAUUGGUUUGAACCAUUAUUCCUUUGACACUGUUGCAUGAUUGGAUUCAAGAGUAAAGAAUAUAUGUUAUGUUUGGAUCUCUUCAGUUAAGAGUAUACUUCAGAGCUCAAACCUAUGACAACUUCAGAUGGAAUAACUUUGGUUGUUUUGAAGCUCAAAGCGGAAGGUCGAUGAAGUAUGAAUUAAAUAAACUUCAUUGAUAUUGUAUCACAUUAAAUGGUUUGGCGUUAAUACUGUAA